CUACGCUCCCGGCUGUCGCCAUGGGCCGAACCCUCGCCUGGCAAGUCUCUGCGCAGGCAUCGACAGGAUAACCACGUGUUGCUUCUGUGCAAAUUAAGUUGAGUGUAAAAUUAGUGAUAAUUAGUCGAAGAGUUGCAAUCGAACCAUCAUCAGGAGCACAUCCGAUCACCAGGACAAUCCAUCGAGGACCCAUCAAGGCCGAAUCUACCCUCGUGUCGAAAUACAGUUAAUACUGUCUCCGAGUGCGCGUAUGCCACAACUGUGUUUUCGCCAUUGUUUAAUAAUCAUUAUUGUAAUUUUGAAUAAUUCAUCCUGGAUUCUUAUCUCAGGGUAAUAUUUAGCGUUUCGUUUAAUUUAUUGAGAUUUUGUUGUGUGCGGUAGAGCCUAAAUAACGCCAAGAUCAUGCAUUUACGCCUUUUGCGUUUCUAUGCUUUUCUUAUUGCCUGGGAAUUAUUAAACCCCCAUGCCAUGCCAGGGUUACGUAAUACUCGUGACCUUGAGGAUGUUACGUAUGUUUUGUGAAUUUGGUUUGAGUAUUCACGUAUUGAUGAAAUAUUUUGCGCUAGUCGCCUAUAUAUUUGGUUUUGCGUUUACUGCCUUCUCGAAUUCUCAAGUAUUUGUACCUUUGUGCCUUUUGGUCUAUUUAUAUUCCAAAAAUACGUUUAUGACGGAUUAUCCGUAUAUUCCAAAUUAAUUUGGAAUUACCUGCAAAUUAUUGCCUUUUACCGAUAUUCUUCUGGAAUAUUGUGUUGGCGUCAUCGCCUAUCGAUAAAUUCUAUUUUGUGCCUUAGGCCAUUGCGAUUACACUUCGCUAACAAAAAGUGUCUACCGAUUCGUCGUUUUGUGUACGAAUUUAAGUUGGUCUAUGUUACGCGCCUCCGCGAGAAUCUCCCGUGUUGAGAAUUAUUACGUGAACAGAGUUAGUGGAACUAGUUAGGUUGCUGAAUUAAACUAUAUGAUUGAAUUAUAUCGAAUGCCGGGAAAUAAUAAGACUGCUAUAUACGUAAACAGCACGUCUGCUCAGCUUGGCUUUGAUAUUUCGACUAAACUGUAUUCAUGAUACAUUUGAUACGCGGUUAGGUGUGUUUCCUUGUGUACGUAACGAGUAGAAGACUCAUUCUAUUUGUCAUAUGGUCGACAUCCCACGUAUUUUUUCUUGCCAAGGUCGCGCCUCCGUAUAGUGUAUAUCCCGCGUCCGUAGUUCUAGCGACUCGAUGUUGUUAUGCUCUCAGAGCCCGUACAUUUUAUAAAUUAUGUGGCGUUAGGAUUUUUCGUUACUAAUUGCGUUAUGACGCCUUGAAACUAGUAAUUCGAAUUUAUUUAUUGUAUCGAGUAUUAGUUAUGAGUUCGAAAUUAUAGAUGUUAGGUUAUUUCGGGUCAACUAAUAGUGUUUAGCCCAAAAUUAGGAUCGUUAUAUUUUCUUUUGUUCUAUUUGGUUUUUGGUGAAUUUAGUAGAUUAAGUUAGACGGAUAAAACAGUUUGGGUCUCUCUCUGCGUACGAUACGCUAACGUACUUUAAAAUAACUAGGAUGAGGAAUAAUUUGUAAGAUCUAUCUCUCUCUCAACAAAAUUGUUGGAUUAUUUUUGUGUUUCUUAUUAAAAUCGGGAAUAUUCGAUAAAGUCUUAUAUUUUGGAUUAUUAUUAUCGGAAGCUAAAGAAUAUAGUUACAUUCGAAAAUAUUGAAAAUGUGUUUGAUUGGAGUUUAUUCAAUUAAAUGCCCUGUGACCAGCAUACCCUGAACCCCCCCUCUCUCCGCAACCUACAUCCUGUGCAGCGUGAGCAAUUACCACCUUUCCCUUGACCCUUUAGUUUAAGUUUAGUUCGUUUACGUUUUAGUUAGAGUUUUUAGACCGUCGUCGUGAGGUAUCCGCUUCGGUUAGGUAUUCGGUUUGUCGUUUUCCGUCGAGACAAAACAACAACUUGCGCCCUUCAGAGCAUCAAGCGAAAAAGGCGGGUUAACUGGUAAGUUUUUAGUCAAGAAAAAUCUACCACGUUACAAUUUAUAAUCCAAAAAUGAGUUUUGAUGCGGAUUAUCCGUGUAUUCCAAAUUAAUUGGAACUAUCUGCAAAUCUUUGCCUUUUUUAGAUUUUAAUAAAUUGGAAACCAGGUUAAUUAACAAAAAUGCACGAUAUAAGUAAGAGCAGUUUUUAUUUCUAGAGGAAUAUAUGUUCACACUUCGAGAGCAGUCGACGAACUAACAAACGAAUUGGAAAAUCUUAAAAACCAAAGCAUCGUCAUCAUGGUUUCUUUCUUCCAAUGAACAAUGAUUUCUUUCUUUCAUUCUAUAAAUAUAAACUGGAGGUUUCGGCGCAAGACCAUGCAGACGGUCUCUCCAGGAAACAAUGACCUAACAGUACUGGUGUAAACUUAUAUAUGCCUCUAAUAUAAUCAUAUUGUUUUUGCUCUUUUCAAUACCUUUUACCGGUAUUCCUAUGGAAUAUUGUGUCUGCGUUUAUCGCCUGUGGAUUUAUUCCAUUUUUGUGCCUUAGGCCAUUGCGACUACACUUCGCUACCGAAAAGUGUCAACCGAUUCGUUGUUUUGUGAAUUUAAGUUCUGUCUACGUUACGCGCCUCCGCCGAGAAUCUCCCGCAUAUUUUCUCUUGCCAAGGUCGCGCGUCCGUAUAUUGUAUUUCCCGCGUCCGUCGUUCUAGCUGCUAUGUAUUCGAUUAUGCUCUCGGAGCCCGUAUGUUUUUGUAAAUUAGGUUGCGCUCGGAUUAUUUGUCAUUAAUUGCGUUUAUAACGCCUCGGAAUUUGUCGUUCGGAUUUAUUUAGAGUACCGAUCAGAAAUGAGUCGAAAUCAUAGAUCGUUAGGUUAUUUUCGGGUAAAUUAAUCGUAUUUAGCCCGACAGUAGGGUGUGACGAGGCCACAUAACCUCUAAGGUUAUUUUCAUCCCCCCCACGCCCCCUCUAUCUCCAUCACGUUCAUUUAUCGCUCACUCACCGUUGGAGAAACCCCGUAUAUAUAAGUCCUUCCCCUUCCCCCCUUUACCUACUCGCCGCGCUCGGAUAGCGCGACAACCAUCGGAGAAAUCACCACUGGAGGAUAAGAUGACGUAGUCAUCCUCCUCCUUCCCGCAGUCCGCUACUCGCCGCGCUCAGCCACCAACGAAGGAGUGGAUGACGUAGGUCAUCCCCCCCGCCGCAGUCCCCUACUCGGCGAUCGGAUUCAGCCAAUGGGCGCCCACGCACGUUGCGUAGUGCGUCUCCCUGUUACUCCUCGGCCCCCGAAGAUACCCACAAGCAUCGAUCGGUGGAUCAGGGGGAUGCGAAUGUUGCGUCACCGAAAAGGGAUGAAUCUAGGCCGAGGACUCCCGAAUACAUCGAGGAGAUCCUCAAGUGGCCUAUCGAUCGCCACUCGUCGUUCAGCUGCAUUGAGAAUCAGUGCGGCAUUGAAUAAUUACUAUUAAAAUCGAUCGGAAGAUAGUGUUCAAUAAAGUGGCCCAGGAUCACCAGAGUUCGAAGAGAGGCUCAUCCGGACCAGAGUCAACCUUGUUGGACCCCAGAAAAAGGGUGGACACCCCCAAAAAACCCAGAGAGGAGACAAAACCCGGAAAAAUCAGGAAAUCAUCGCCAGCCGAAUGCAGGCCACCAGGAGGAAGAGGGCCUACCUACGGGAGGCCAACGAGUGGCUGCGGUGGGAGGAUGCGGAGGGUGAAAUCCUGGAUGGCGAGAACAUUUUCGCCAUCCAGGAUCUCCAUGACAGGGCCGCCAAAUGGUUGGCGGAUUCCGAGGACGAGGCCUUCAUGGCCGGAGCCCGUUGGGAGGGAGGUGUUAGGCCGGACACCCCGAGAUUGCGGUGGGUCCGCGCUGUGAGGCGCGAGGCGCGGCAGUUUGCGGCCGAGGGCGAGCAGGUGCUCGCCCUAUACGACGUCGAGGAUGCCUGGGCCCUGAGGAUCCUCUUCGGGGAGGAGCCCACCCAGUCCGACCUGACGAAGGAGGACUGGUCCCUGGAGCAGUGGGACUGAGACCCCCCUCCACCCCCUUAAUCAAAUUGAAUUUUUAAAUAAAUUUUGUAUUUUUUAUUUUAAGUUUUUUAAAAUAAAAUUUU